AUGAAUAAUACUGAAGAUAUGUUUAGGGACGUUGAAAAUGCAAGCCAAAAUAUGGCUUCAACAGUGAACACUUCAAGAAUGGACCAAAGACAAAGAAGGGCUUUGACUGAUUUGACAUCACAAAAAGUGAACAGAAUUCAUACUUCAAAAACAAUUAAGGAUAUUCCAGCAUAUUUAUCAAAUUACACUGCCGAUGGAGAGAAUAAAAACAUUGACCAAGCUUUUAAUCAUAGUAAUGACCAAGAUAUCGGUUUAGUAAAUCAAAUCAACUCAGGAUAUGCCAAUGUUGAAAACGAACCAGGAAAAGAAACUGAUCACAUAUUUAUAGAUCAGGAUGAUCUGUCAGAUUUAGAUAUUGUACAAGAGGACUCCUUGAGGGAGCAACUAGAAGAAUUUGAACACGACUUUGAGAAUUUUGUGGAGCCACUCUCACCAAUAUUUAAUGAUGAAAUACAAGAUACUCUUGAUAGAGCAUUUAAAGAAUACUAUAGAGCAACUCCAGAUAUGGAGGAUGAUGAUACAUUUGAUGCUGUUAUGGUAACGGAGUAUGGUAGUGAUAUUUUUCGUUACAUGAGAAAGCUUGAAUUAAAAUAUAGACCAAAUCCGUACUACAUGGCAGGCCAACCGGAAUUGAAAUGGGAAUAUAGAAAGACUGUGAUUGACUGGAUUGUGCAGGUUCACGAGAGGUUCCAAUUACUUCCUGAAACACUAUAUCUAACUAUUAACAUCAUCGACAGAUUUUUAUCAAGAAAGAAUAUUACACUUAACAGAUUCCAACUAGUUAGUGCUACUGCAUUACUGAUAGCAUCCAAAUACGAGGAAAUCAAUUGCCCUACUAUAAAGGAUAUAGUCUAUAUGGUAGACAAUACUUAUUCCAGGGAUGACAUCAUAGAAGCUGAAAAAUAUAUGAUUGAUGCACUAGACUUCGAAGUUAGCUGGCCAGGUCCUAUGUCGUUCUUGCGGAGAAUAAGUAAAGCAGAUGAUUAUGAAUACCGAACUAGAAAUCUAGCUAAGUAUUUGCUAGAAACCACACUAAUGGAAUCCUCUUUAAUCAGUGCACUACCAAGCUGGCUUGCAGCUGGUGCCUACUUUUUAAGUAGAAUAAUAUUAGGUUACGAAGAGUGGACCCUUAAACAUGUCUACUAUUCGGGCUAUACUCACGAACAGCUUUAUCCUCUGGCUACACUUAUCUUAGACAACUGCCAGAAUUAUGAAGAAAGCCACCAAGCAAUUUGGACGAAGUAUAGUCAACCACAAUAUCAUCAAGUUUCAAUACUGGUUACGAAGUUCUUAGGUAGAGUUUCUUCAGACGAUAUGUCAGAAAUUUAUUAA